UACUUAGUCAAUUUCAGUGCACACAAGUGAUAAUAGCGGUCAUACAUACAACUACAAUGAAAGUUGCAAUCAUACUGCUGGUAAGCACACUGUGCUUGACUAAUGGAAAAAAUAUUGAGGUUAAUGAUGACCCCGGUCAGGCAAAAUGGAUUUGUGCUGAGCCUAAGUCCGAUGGAGUUCUAGUUGCUCACGAGAAUUGUAAUCAGUUUUACAAAUGCUCCCAAGGUGAACCUGUUGCUCUCAACUGCCCUGAUGAUUUACUCUACAAUCCUGAUAAGGAGUAUUGCGACUGGCCCCAAAGUGUUAAUUGCGAUGGAAGAAUUAUGCCAGAAGCUGAUGACAGCGAUUCUGGCAACGACAAUGGUCCUGUUAACGAAAGCACACCUGAUGAAGCACCCGCAAUUUGUGCAAAACCUGAAUCUGAUGGCGUUCUUAUUCCACAUAAGAACUGUAAUCAAUUCUAUAAAUGUUCCCAAGGGGAACCUGUUGCUCUCAACUGCCCUGGAGAUUUACUCUACAAUCCUGACAAGGAAUAUUGCGACUGGCCCAAAAGCGUUCAAUGCGGUGAUAGAAUUAUCCCAGACGCUGAUGAUAGUGAUUCUGGUAACGACAAUGGUCCUGAUAACGAAACCAGACCUGAUGAAGCACCCGAAAUUUGUGCUAAACCUGAAUCUGAUGGCGUUCUAGUUCCACAUGAGAACUGUAAUCAGUUCUAUAAAUGUUCUGAAGGAAAACCUGUUGCCCUCGAUUGCCCUGAAAAUUUACUCUACAACCCUCUUAAAGAAUAUUGUGACUGGCCGAAGAACGUUGACUGUGGUAACAGAAUAGACUAGAAAAUUUACAAUUAUUUCUUAAAGGUCAAAAUAACGACUAUUAACUGUUAAUAAAAAUAAUCAUUAUUUCGAAAUUAUGAACUAAAAGAUAAAUUUUGAAUACCCUUUUAUUUUUCCUAUAAAGUCACACCUGGUGGUCAGAGACGAGGCAGAGCAGGGUUUUUUGGUUUCUAUUGUAAAAGGUUUUGGUUUGUCAUAAUAGAACACUAAUGAUUAUCCACUCCACGAUACGAUACGAUACAAUUCAGCCUGUAAUAUCCCACUGCUGGACAUAGGCCUCUUUCUCCAUGUAGGAGAAGGAUUGGAGCUUAAUCCACGAUUCCCGCUCGGGAUACAUAUUUGUAUUUGUACAAACAUCUCUAUCCGGUCUGGAUGUCUAUCCUAUCUCACCUACCUUCCAACAAUACCAUCCAGCUCUAAUCACCAAAUUUCAGAUACGUAUUUGUAAUAUGUUUUGUUAUACCGCAUUAAAUUAAAUAUCAUACAAAACAA